AUGGCGUCAUCAUUCGUCAACAAUCUGGAGUGGCUAUUCUUCACUCACAGUCUCCUCUACGGAAUGGGAUCAAGUCUCAUCUACAUGGCGUCCUCCCUGGUCAUUGGCGAGCAUUUUGGCAAGGAUCACAAGUACCACGUCCUAGCCACUUCUAUUCUGCUCUGUGGAUAUCCUAUCGGAAGUCUGAUAUUCAAUCCGGUGCACGCCUGGCUCAUUGAAAGUUUCACCUGGAGGACAGCAUUCAGGGCGACCAGUGGCUUGAUCCUGCUUACAGGGCUGGUGUGCUGUUGGAAUUUCUCGCCCAAGGAAUCUGGUGACGCCAUGAGGAUAGCGGAAGUGGAUGACGAGUACAACGACGAAUAUCCGGUAGAGGAUGACAGCAGCGCGUAUAAUCGCUUCCGCCUUGGGAUUUUCCUCGAAAGACCGGAAAUAAUUCUCUGGUUCCUUGGCAACAUGCUCAGUUAUCUUGGAUUCUACAUGCCCUUCAUGAAUUUGGCCCACUACAUGCAAAGGAGGAACAUAACGCCGAAAUGGAGUUCUCUUGCAUUGAUCCUCUUGAGUCUGGCUGAAUGCGUUACCUACAUAACUGCCAGCUUUCUGGGAGACUACCUCAAAGAUAGACUUGUGUACGUAAAUGUGGCAGCCUCGGGCGCUCUGGCGGUCAUCUGCCUGGUGUGGCCACUCAUCGAUGUUUCGUACGGGAUGAUACUGGCAAUAUCGUUAGCAAUGGGGGGGUUUCUGGGACUGAACAUCGUGUACACGUACGCUGCGUCCAGGGAGACAACUAAGCUGCCCAUCGACAUCGCUUGGUCCUACACUAACCUCUGGUCUGGAUUCAUCUACGACAUCAACAACUCUUACACCGGCGUCUUCUUCGUGGUUGGUGGUGUGUACCUGCUAGAUACCUGCAUAUUUGGAGCAAUACCUCUCUUGCAAUACCGCAGAGAACUGAAGCACAGCAAAAAUCUCGACUCAACGGAUCUCGAGAAUAAGAGCUACGAAACGUUGAAAUUCAGCACAAAACUACCUCAGCAGCAGCAGUCGCAGCAGCCACAACAGCCACAACCGUUCAGCAACGAUUUGAGAAAAACCAGUCUGACCAAUGGCGGAGCUACAAAUGCAGUAGGAGGGGGUGGAAGUAGUGGCCCGGACCUCAACACUUCGCUGUACGUUCAGGGGCCCGUGCCCUGUACGAUGACCACGGUGGUCAAACAGCACGAGCAGCAAUCUGUUGUCUCAUUCGACAGAGGCCCAAGGCAUGGAAACAACCCCUUCCAGAAGAACGGCGGUGAAGCUGUCAAUGUAAAUAUUAAUUAUAAUAAUAAUAGUAAUAAUAAUUAUUAUGAUGAUAAUAAUAAUAAUAAUAAUAAUAUUAAUAAUAAUAGUGUGGGAGAUUACGCUGGCGCGUGGCAAGCCAAUUUCGAUAAUGAUAAUAUCAACAAUGAAUGA